AGUCAUUUUGUACACAUUUGUGAAAACGUAUGUCAAUGACAGUUUUGUUGAACAUCACGUUAUCAUUAAUUUUUUUUAAUAAUGUUCUUCAACAGAUCUUCAAUAAGAAAUAAGUUAGCCACAAAUUAAUUCGUCUGUAACUAUCUCUGCUCUGUUGUGAAGUGUAAAUAAUAAUAAUAAUUUUAUAUUAAUACGAGUCCAACAAAUUUUUGUCUUUGUUUUGGGUAUUUUUGAAGAAUAAUAAAUAUAUAUUUACUAUACUUGAAGCAACUGAAUCAAAAUGUGGAAGACGCAAGCAGUGCACAUUAGAACUUAUAAUAAAGAAAAUAACACGGAUAAGAACAACGAAAAAAUAACAACUCUUGGAAUGACUUCAGCGAUAUCAACUGCUUAUCCUAAACCAGCAGAUUUAAUCAAAACUGAGGAACUUAUAGAAGCUUUAAAACCUUUUGAUGUAUUCGAAAGUAAACAAGAAUUGAAUAAAAGGAUGCAUAUCCUGGGAAAACUAUAUAUCUUAGUUAAAAGGUGGAUUAAAGAAGUAUCCCUUAAAAAUAAUAUGCCUGAAAUUGUUGCAGAGAAUGUAGGAGGAAAAGUUUACACAUUUGGAAGUUAUAGAUUGGGAGUACACAGCAAAGGAACUGAUAUAGAUGCCCUUUGUGUAGCACCUAGACAUAUUUAUCGAUCAGAUUUCUUCACUUCUUUCUAUCAAUUAUUGAAAGAACAACCAGAAGUUACAGACCUCAGGGCAGUAGAAGAAGCUUACGUACCUGUAAUAAAGAUGAAUUUUGAUGGCAUAGAAAUUGAUAUGCUUUUCGCGCAAUUAUUACUAAAAGAAAUACCUGACUCUAUGGAUUUGAAAGAUGAUAUGUUGUUAAAACAUUUGGAUGCUAAAUGUGUUAGAAGUUUGAACGGUUGUAGAGUCACCGAUGAAAUUUUAAGUCUGGUACCUAAUAUUGAAAAUUUUAGACUGACUUUGAGAGCAAUCAAACUUUGGGCUAAACGUCAUGGAAUAUACAGUAAUGCAUUAGGAUACCUCGGAGGUGUAUCAUGGGCAAUGUUAGUUGCUAGAACUUGUCAGUUGUAUCCGAAUGCAGCUCCUUCGACUUUAGUGCAUAAAUUUUUUUUAAUUUUUUCCAAAUGGAAGUGGCCACAACCUGUCCUGCUUAAACAACCCUCAAAUGUGAACCUAGGAUUUGUUGUAUGGGAUCCAAGGAUAAAUAUUCAAGAUAGGUACCACUUGAUGCCCAUCAUAACGCCUGCUUAUCCACAACAAAAUUCAACUUUUAACGUCUCUCAAUCUACAAGACAUAUUAUAGUAAACGAAUUCAAACAAGGUCUCGCUAUUACGGAAGAAAUUAUGUUAGGAAAAGCAAAUUGGGAUAAAUUAUUCGAACAACCACCAUUUUUCACUAAAUACAAACAUUUUCUUGUAUUGUUAGUCAAGGCGAAUAAUGCAGAUGACCAUUUGGAAUGGUGCGGGUUAGUUGAAAGCAAGGCAAGAUUACUUGUUGGUAAUUUAGAAAGGAACCCUUUCAUAAUGUUGGCUCACAUAAAUCCUCAAAGUUACUCCAUGAUUGAACCGGAACCAAACACAGUAGGUUCCAUGUGGUUCAUCGGACUCGAAUUUUCCAAAGCGGAAAACCUUCAAGUAGAUUUAACUAGAGACAUAUUUUGGUUUACAGAACAAGUCAGCAAUCACGCAGCGGCAAUAAAUAUGUGGAAAGAAGGGUUGAGAUUGGACGCCCGGCACGUUAAAAGGAAACAAUUAUCUCAAUAUCUUUCACCUUCUUUAUUGAAAAAAGAAAGGAAAAACAGUAUAACCAAGAAUGGUACAACGCCAGAAAUUAAUAGAAAGAGGACGUCAUCUGAAGCGCUACCAGAAAAUAAAAAUUCGAAUCCGAAUAAGAAAACGAGGUUAUCGGAUGAAAUGAGGCCCCAACAGUUUGACGAUAGUUCCAAGGAAUCAAUAAACAUAGAUUCUAGCAGUAAUUUAAGUUUAGCGGAUUCAGAUAUUAAUGUAAGCAGUACGAAAUCUCCCUCUACUACCCCAAUCCACGUGUCUUCAACUACCACAACACCCACAAACGUAUCAGAAGCCGUAUGUACGUGACUGGUUUUUUAAAUUGAAAUUCGUGUGUCGUUCUAGGUUGUCUUCGCAAAAGAACCUAUUCGUGAUGUUCACGUACGUAUUACAAAAAAUUCCAAACGAAACCAAAAAAUAAAAAACCGGAAACUAACUUGGUGGUAAAAUAUUAUCGCAAAUGGUGCAAUUACUUAUUUUUUUUUUUUUUUUUGAGGAUUCCUCUUCGGGUGUUGUUUAAAUUGUGAAUGUGCGUGAACGUGUCCUCUACAUACUUUUUCCAUGUAAAUAAUUUAUGUAUAAAAAAGGAUCAGUGUGGCUUAUUUGAUUAAUUUUUUUUAAAUUGUGUAUUUUUUUAGAAAAAAAUAUUUAUUUUUGUAUUUUUUAAUGUUUCAAAGAGGUUGGAAUGGUCUUUAGGAAAGUUGAAAAUACGAGGCGCAGUUUACAAAUGCUUUUAUUGAAUAUAUAUAUAUAUAUAUAUAUAUAUAUAUAUAUAUAUAUAUAUAUAUAUUCGUGGGUUGUGUAACAUUCUGGUACUGCAAUAACUAAUUUUGAAAUGGUAAAUAUUUCGAAAUUCUAUUUUUUGUACAAUAUUUACAUUCGAAUUACAAUUAUAACCUCGUUAAAAUAACUUUUUAUUCAACCCCCGUAUUCAAAUCUAGUAGCUAAAUGUUGGAUGUUUUAAAAAAAUUUGUUCCGUUUUUUGAAAAAAAAUUUCAUUUAUUAGUAUUUCAAAUAGAUUGGAAUCUUUACAAGGAAGGGAGGUGCAAUUGAAAAAUUUUUUUUUCAUACUCUUAUGCACAUUUUUUCGCUUUUCAUGGAACAAAUAAUAUUCUGUAGUCUUAUUUUCUUCAUUUGCGACAAUUUCAGUUGGGUAACAAUCGAAAAAAGAAUCUAGAACGUUAAUACAAAACAAUUAAUUUUCGAAUUAAUCAUUCGACCCUCGUAAUCAAAUCUAGUGGUGAAAGUGUUGAAUUUUUUCAAAAAAAUUUGUCGAUUGUUUUUAAAAAAUUGUCAAUUAUUUCCAAACAUAUUGUUACGUUGUUUAAAAAGGUCUUUAUGGAAUUAGGAAAUACAAGGUACAAUGAAAAAAUUCUUUUGACCUAUUAUACAAACUCUCUUAUAGAAAUCUAGAAGCAAAUGUUUUUUUUUAAAUUGUCUAUUGUCUUCAAAUAUAUUUUUCAAUGGCUCAGAAAAGUAAGAAAUACAAGGGACAAUUAAAAAAUUCUUUUGAGUAAAAAGUCGGUUUUACCAAUUUCCUCAUCUGCAAUACCAAAUUUCACAACUGCAAUUAUUUCGAAAUUCCAUAAUACGGAAUAUAAAACCUUCUAACCUUAUAAUUUCCUUUUUUUUGAUAAAUACGAGUUGCAUUACAAAUUUAGAAACUUCGGGAUCACCCCUCGUAGCUAAAUGCAAUUAUUUUCCCCCCCAAAAUGCCCUAUUAUUACGAGAUCUAUUUUAAAGUAGUACAGAGGUUGAAACGGUAUUAACAAAAGUAGAAAAUACGAGGUGCGACCAAAAAAUUCUUCUCUUGAAAAAAUAAUUCAUAAAUAGUAUAAUAAAAAAAAUUUAGACUUGUAAAAAUUUGUGUUUCCUACCUUGGUUUUCUUUUUUUUUGAAUAAUUCCAGUUAUACCUCAAUUUAUCUGCCUUUUUGGUAAUACUCUUGCCCUUUCCAAACAUUCAGAACCAAAAUAUUUUCAUUUUAUUGUUGUAAUUUGAAUUGUGUGUAUUUGUUGUCCACAGUAAUUGAUAAUAUGUUACUGUUGCGGUAAUAUUUUACACUUUUAUUAAUAAUUCUAUUAAGUACUUUACUUAUUUUACAUACAUCAUGAAUAUACUCCAUAACGAUGCGUGUAAAUUUUUUCUUAAAUCCCAUUAAACUAAAAUCGAUUCUAUUUGUAGGACUUGGACGGAUUUCAAUGAGAUAAAAGCGUCAUUAAAAAUAAAUAUCGAAAUUAAAUCAUUUUUGACAUAAUUUUAAGAAAAAAUUUCCCAUUCAGAGAUAUUUUAUGGAGAUAUUUGUUUUAGGUUUAUUUUUGAUAUCUUUUCUCCCCCAAUGACAUUUCUGACCUCGAUUUUUUUUAAAUACUUUCCAUUAUCGUUCAUUUUUUUAAUACUUGGUACCAUGAAAAUUUAAAUGUCAACUACCAAAAAUAUGUUUUAAUAAUUUUCAUUUUUUUUAAAUAAAACCAAAUUUUUCUCAUAAAUAAUUUAUCUCAAAUAAAUUUUCGUAGUUGUGUAUUCAAUUAUUUGAAUUUUAAUUGUAUCAAGGAAAAUAUAAAAAAAAAUCAAUAAUUUAAUAAAACGGGGAAAUUUUUUUAUUUUUUUUUUAUUUAGAGUCCACGUUAUUGUUAAGGUACGCAAUUUUUUUAUUAUUAGUGUUAUUAUAAAUUGUGAUUUAUCAGAAAUUCAAUAAAUUUUUCCCCUUUAACA